AUGGUCAAAUACCUGGAAAAGUUGAGGUCAGUGUCGGCUCAGCUAGAGAAGUUCAGCAUUAAUCUGGUACCCCGAGCAGAAAAUACGCUGGCAGAUGCACUAUCAAAGUUAGCAACUUCAAAUAUCGUCGACUUGAAAAGAACAGUCAUGAUGGAAGUCAUGAAUAAGCGAAGUACGGAGUCGGAGGAAAUACGGGUCAUGGCCAUCACAACUACCUCAGAAUGGUAUGAUAAUAUCCAAACAUACAUACAGACUGGAGCCCUACCAGCAGAUUUGGCAGAAGCCAAAAUGACAAAAAUGGACGCGGUUUGGUACAUCAUCCUGUGGGGACGAUUGUACAAAAAGUCAUUUAGCCUGCCAUUCUUAAGGUGCCUGACAGCAUUCGAGUCAGCAAGGCUGAUCGAAGAGAUGCACGAAGGGACAUGUGGGAACCAUGCCGGUGGAAAACCCCUUGCCAUCAUCUGUCAAAGGCAAGGCUAUUACUGGCCAACAAUGUUAGAAGAUUGUCGAGCAUAUGUAAAAAAGUGCGAGAAAUGUCAAAAGUUUUCAGCUGUGAUAAACUUGCCAGCCAAUGAUUUGAUGCCCAUUCUGAACCCAAUCCCAUUCGCACAAUGGGGAAUGGAUAUUGUUGGACCAUUCCCAAUGGCGGCUGGAGGGCGCAAGUUCUUAAAAGUAGCAGUGGACUACUUCACCAAAUGGAUAGAAGUAGAGCCGGUAGCAAAAAUAACGGCAAACCAGGUGAAAAAAGUAAAGUUAGCUCACUCGUCAGUAUGUCACCCACAGAGCAAUGGGCAAGUAGAGGCGGCGAAUAAGCAAAUCCUGGCUGCACUGAAAAAGAAGCUAGAAGACUGUAAAGGCAAAUGGGCAGAUCUUAUGCCAGAAAUUUUAUGGUGCAACAGAACUUCUAUCAAGGAGGCUACCGGCGAGAGUCCGUUUAAGUUAAGCUUCGGGUCUGAGGCGGUCAUACCGGCAGAAAUGGCUCUGCCAACCAUGCGAAUCCAGCAUUACGAUGAGGAAAGAAACGAUCAGCUGCUGCGACAUCAGUUGGAUUUCAUGCCAGAAAUCCGCAUGAAAGCAGAAAUCAGUUCGGCAGCAUACAAAAGAAGAAUGAGCAGAGCAUACAACAAGAAAGUGAAACACCGGCCUCUAUGUAACACCCCCGAUUUACUAACUACAAAUAUAUAA